AUGCCCUGUGUGUUGUUUUAUUUAUUGUUUACAUUGAAUUGUUGUGAUGCUAAUGAAAGUGUUGCUGUAUUAGCAAAUGACGUCAGUAGAGAUGAAAAGAAGUUUCUAAUUUACGAUGUCAAUUACGGCGAAGGAUUUAACCUACGUCGUGAUGUUUAUAUGAGAAUAGCAAAUACAGUUAGAAUUUUGCGAGAACACGGUCAUAAUUAUGUUCUUGUACUACCCCCAUGGGGUGAUCUUUAUCAUUGGCAAAAAUAUCAAUUAAAAGCACCUUGGUCGAAGUUUUUCCAUAUUCAGAGCAUUAAUGAAUUUGUUCCCGUGAUUGAGUUUCACAAAUUUUUAAAAGAAAGAAAUUACGAUGAAAUCGAUGAAGUAUUGUAUUUGCAAGGUUAUGCAGAAGGAUGGAUGGAUGGGAAAUAUGAAAUUAAAUAUGAUCAGCGGGACUGCAUCACUGGUGUUCCUUAUUACAGAUCCGUUAAUGAACAUUGGAAAGGCUGGUUUUUUGGCUUUAAAGACGUCUAUGCUCGCAAAUUUUCGUGCAUUUCAAUUCAAGGCGAUUCAGAGACAUUAGCUAAUAUGAUUCAAAAAGAUUAUCACUAUGCCAAUUCAUUGAUGAUUGAUCGCGCAGAAACGGUGCUUCAUUCACAUUUUGGUGACUUUCAUUACUGGGAAGCGAGGCGCUCCAUGCGUUACGCAAAGCACCUGCGUUUUAUUGCUGAUGAAUUUAGGCAAGAACGAUUGAACUCAAAUGAUGUGAGAGAUGGAACUGUGCUUUCCGAUUCAUGGAAGACAACGAGGAAAGAACAUGGUGAAGCGCAAGGAGGAGAAUAUGUAUGUGUUCACUGGAGGCGUCGUGACUUUGUGCGAUCUCAUAGUGCUGAUAUACCAUCUAUCAGUAGUACCGCCGAGCAGAUCGCUGUGAUUCUGCGAAAAGAAAAUCUCACUACUGUCUAUUUAUGUACCGAUGCUUCAACUGCUGAAGUGACUACCCUUAUCAGUCUCUUGCCGUCUGACAUACAAGUUGAACGAUUCCUAAACGACUCGUUUUUGGAUGAUGGAGAAGUCUCCAUUGUUGACCAGUGGAUAUGCGCACAUGCUCGCUAUUUUAUUGGUACCCAUACAUCAACUUUCUCAUAUCGGAUACAGGAAGAUAGAGAAAUCCUGGGCUUCGAACCUGAGAAGACCUUUAAUAGAUUGUGUCCCGAUGGUGACAACGACUGUGAACAACCCGCCAGAUGGAUGAUAGUUUAUAAAGAACCAUCCAAUCGUUAUUGA